CAGCAGCAGCAGCAGCAGCAGUAUGGAGGGGAGCGUUUGCGCGGCUGGUGCAAAGGAGCCAGGCGCCUGCUAGAGCCAGACAGCGGGGGGGACGGACCUGCAGCUGCUCCCUCCCCCCCCCGCCUGGAAGUAUGAACUGGCAGCAGAGCUGCUGCUGCUCUCCCCCGCCAGCGCCGCCGCCGCCGCCCCCCCGCCGGUGAGCGAGCAGAGACGGAAGAUGGGGCCCGUGCUCCGGAGCCUACUUCUCUGCAGUUUCUGCGCCCUGAUGCGAGCUGCACCGCUGCUGCUGUAUGCAAACCGACGUGAUCUGCGAUUGGUGGAUGCUGCAAAUGGGAAAGAGAACGCUACAGUUGUAGUGGGUGGUUUGGAAGAUGCAGCCGCAGUGGACUUUGUGUUUGUCCGGGGGUUGAUAUACUGGAGUGAUGUAAGCGAAGAAGCCAUUAAGCGAACAGAAUUUAACAAAACUGGGAGUGUACAGAAUGUGGUCAUUUCUGGGCUUUUGUCACCUGACGGGUUGGCAUGCGAUUGGCUGGGAGAGAAACUAUACUGGACGGAUUCUGAAACAAAUCGGAUUGAAGUUUCCAAUUUAGACGGAUCUUUGAGAAAAGUUUUAUUUUGGCAAGAAUUGGAUCAGCCCAGAGCAAUAGCCUUAGAUCCUGCAAGAGGGUUCAUGUAUUGGACAGAUUGGGGAGAAGUGCCAAAGAUAGAACGUGCUGGGAUGGAUGGUUCAAGCCGCUCCGUUAUAAUAAACACAGACAUUUACUGGCCAAAUGGAUUGACUUUGGAUUAUGAGGAAUGGAAGCUUUAUUGGGCAGAUGCUAAACUGAACUUCAUUCACAAAUCAAACCUGGAUGGAACUCAUCGGCAAGCAGUGGUUAAAGGAUCCCUUCCACAUCCUUUUGCUUUGACUUUGUUUGGGGACACAUUGUACUGGACUGACUGGAACACUCAUUCUAUCUUGGCCUGCAACAAGUACUCUGGGGAGGACCUGCGUGAAAUACAUUCCAACAUUUUCUCUCCCAUGGAUAUCCAUGUUUUCAGCCAACAGAGGCAGCCAAAUGCUACAAACCCAUGUGGAAGUAAUAAUGGUGGCUGCUCCCACUUGUGUUUGAUGUCUCCUAUCAAGCCUUCUUAUCAGUGUGCUUGUCCCACUGGUGUGAAACUCCUUGAGAAUGGAAAGACCUGCAAAGAUGGUGCCACCGAGUUACUGCUCCUAGCCCGCAGGACGGACUUGAGGCGCAUUUCCUUGGAUACCCCGGAUUUUACAGACAUUGUCUUGCAGCUGGAGGACAUCCGUCAUGCCAUUGCUAUUGACUAUGAUCCCGUGGAAGGAUACAUCUACUGGACUGAUGAUGAGGUGAGGGCCAUUCGCCGCUCUUUCAUAGAUGGAUCAGCUAGUCAGUUCGUUGUCACAGCUCAGAUUGCACAUCCCGAUGGCAUUGCUGUGGACUGGGUUGCCCGAAACCUUUAUUGGACAGACACCGGUACUGACCGCAUAGAGGUGACAAGACUUAACGGGACUAUGAGAAAGAUCUUGAUAUCAGAAGACUUGGAAGAACCGAGAGCAAUCGUAUUGGAUCCCAUGGUUGGAUACAUGUAUUGGACUGACUGGGGAGAAAUUCCAAAGAUUGAGAGGGCUGCAUUAGAUGGGUCAGACAGAGUUGUGCUGGUGAAUACUUCACUUGGCUGGCCAAAUGGACUGGCCCUGGAUUAUGCAGAAAGCAAAAUAUAUUGGGGAGAUGCGAAAACAGACAAAAUUGAGGUCAUGAAUGCAGAUGGCAGUAGCAGGAGAGUUCUGGUGGAGGACAAGCUGCCUCACAUCUUUGGAUUCACUUUGCUGGGAGAUUACAUCUAUUGGACCGACUGGCAAAGGCGUAGCAUUGAGCGAGUGCAUAAGCGUACAGCAGAAAGAGAAAUCAUCAUAGACCAACUGCCUGACUUAAUGGGCCUGAAAGCUACUAAUGUCCAUCGGAUCAUUGGUGCAAACCCUUGUGCAGAGGACAAUGGUGGUUGCAGCCAUCUCUGUCUGUACAGACCUCAGGGCCCUCGCUGCGCCUGUCCCAUAGGCUUAGAGCUCAUCAGUGAUAUGAGGACUUGCAUUGUCCCAGAAGCUUUCCUGCUCUUUUCUCGGAGAGCAGAUAUCAGGCGAAUCUCUUUGGAAACCAACAACAAUAAUGUUGCCAUCCCACUUACGGGAGUCAAAGAAGCUUCUGCUCUGGAUUUUGACGUGACUGACAAUCGGAUUUACUGGACAGAUAUCUCGCUGAAGACUAUCAGCAGGGCAUUUAUGAACGGCAGUGCACUCGAACAUGUGGUGGAGUUUGGCUUGGAUUACCCAGAAGGCAUGGCAGUAGACUGGCUAGGAAAGAACCUGUAUUGGGCCGAUACUGGAACAAAUCGUAUUGAAGUGUCAAAGCUGGAUGGACAACAUCGUCAAGUAUUGGUGUGGAAGGAUCUGGACAGCCCCCGGGCACUGGCAUUAGACCCUGCUGAAGGGUUUAUGUACUGGACUGAGUGGGGUGGGAAGCCCAAGAUUGACCGAGCUGCCAUGGAUGGAAGUGAACGUACUACUUUGGUACCAAACGUGGGACGAGCUAAUGGGCUAACAAUUGAUUAUGCUAAAAGAAGACUUUACUGGACCGAUCUAGAUACCAACUUAAUAGAAUCUUCAAAUAUGCUAGGCCUUGACCGUGAGGUUAUAGCAGAUGACUUGCCUCACCCGUUUGGCUUGACUCAAUACCAGGAUUACAUCUAUUGGACAGAUUGGAGCCGGCGCAGCAUUGAGCGAGCCAACAAGACCAGUGGCCAGAACCGGACCAUCAUCCAAGGCCACUUGGAUUAUGUGAUGGAUAUCCUGGUCUUCCAUUCCUCAAGGCAGGCAGGCUGGAAUGAAUGUGCAUCUAGCAACGGGCACUGCUCCCAUCUCUGCUUGGCAGUGCCAGUUGGUGGUUUUGUGUGUGGAUGCCCAGCUCACUAUUCCUUGAAUUCUGACAACAGGACCUGUAGUGCUCCUACAACUUUCCUGUUGUUCAGUCAGAAGAACGCAAUUAAUCGCAUGGUGAUAGAUGAGCAACAGAGUCCAGAUAUCAUACUCCCUAUCCACAGUCUCAGGAACGUCCGGGCCAUCGAUUAUGACCCCCUAGAUAAACAGCUUUAUUGGAUUGACUCUCGGCAGAACAUUAUCCGGAAGGCACAAGAAGAUGGCAGCCAGAGCCUUACUGUGGUGACGAGUCCGGUUCCCAAUCAGAACCUGGACAUGCAGCCCUAUGAUCUGAGCAUUGAUAUCUACAGCCGCUACAUCUACUGGACUUGUGAAGCCACUAAUGUGAUUAAUGUGACACGCUUGGAUGGGAGACCAAUGGGCGUGGUGCUGAAAGGAGAAGACGACAGGCCCCGGGCCAUUGUGGUGAACCCAGAGAAAGGGUACAUGUAUUUCACUAAUCUGCAAGAAAGGUCACCCAAAAUCGAGAGGGCAGCACUGGAUGGAACUGAACGGGAAAUUCUCUUUUUCAGUGGCUUGAGUAAACCUAUAGCCCUGGCCCUUGACAGCCAGCUGAGCAAGUUAUUCUGGGCUGAUUCAGAGCUCCGGAGAAUUGAGAGCAGUGACCUUUCAGGGGCGAAUCGAAUAGUUUUAGAAGACUCCAAUAUCUUGCAACCCGUUGGGCUCACAGUAUUUGAAAACUGGCUGUACUGGAUUGACAAGCAACAGCAAAUGAUUGAAAAAAUUGACAUGACUGGUCGAGAAGGACGUACAAAAGUCCAGGCUCGUAUUGCACAGCUCAGCGACAUACAUGCAGUGAAAGAGCUAAACAUCCAGGAAUACAGACAGCAUCCUUGUUCUCAAGACAAUGGCGGGUGUUCGCACAUUUGUAUUGUGAAGGGUGACGGUACAACCCGGUGUUCUUGUCCGGUGCACCUUGUUCUGCUUCAGGAUGAACUAUCCUGUGGAGAACCCCCAACAUGCUCCCCUCAGCAGUUCACCUGUUUCACGGGGGAGAUUGACUGCAUCCCAGUGGCCUGGCGCUGUGAUGGAUUCACUGAAUGCGAAGACCAUAGUGAUGAAAAGAACUGCCCUGUCUGUUCAGACUCCCAGUUCCAGUGUGAAAGCGGACAGUGCAUAGACAGCACCCUCCGGUGCAAUGGAGAGGCAAAUUGCCAGGACAACUCAGAUGAGAAGAACUGUGAAGUGCUUUGUUUAACCGAUCAAUUCCGCUGCACCAGUGGCCAGUGCAUUGGGAAAAACAAGAAAUGUGAUCACAACUUGGACUGCAGUGACAGCUCAGAUGAGCAAGGAUGCUACACAACAGAGGAGCCAGCACCACAAGCCAACAAUACCAUAGGCUCAAUCAUUGGAGUGAUCCUCACCGUUUUUGUGGUUGGAGCAAUGUACUUUAUCUGCCAGAGGGUGCUGUGCCCACGCAUGAAGGGGGAUGGGGAAACAAUGACUAAUGACUAUGUGGUGCAUGGACCAGCCUCCGUACCACUUGGUUAUGUGCCUCACCCAAGCUCUCUGUCAGGGUCUCUCCCAGGAAUGUCACGUAAAUCUGUGAUCAGCUCCCUCAGCAUUAUGGCCGGAAGUAGCGGGCCUCCCUACGACAGAGCCCAUGUCACAGGGGCAUCCUCCAGUAGUUCUUCGAGUACCAAGGGCACUUACUUCCCUCCAAUUUUGAAUCCUCCGCCAUCACCAGCUACUGAACGCUCACAUUACACCAUGGAAUUCGGUUAUUCUUCAAACAGUCCUUCCACUCAUAGAUCCUACAGCUACAGGCCAUACAGCUACCGGCAUUUUGCACCUCCCACCACGCCUUGCAGCACGGACGUUUGUGACAGCGACUACGCCCCCAGCCGGCGGGUCACGACAGCAGUGACUAAGGGCUACACCAGUGACUUGAACUAUGAUUCCGAGCCUGUGCCCCCUCCACCGACGCCAAGGAGCCAGUACCUCUCGGCGGAGGAGAACUAUGAAAGUUGUCCGCCCUCCCCAUACACAGAACGGAGCUAUUCCCAUCACCUCUACCCGCCGCCUCCAUCCCCCUGCACGGACUCCUCAUGAGGGCCCCUCCACCCCCUUCCUUAACUGCCUCCACUACGAAAGUGUAAAUACAAAUUGUCCAUACCAGGGAGGGGGGAGGGAGCUAUUGGAGAGGGAGGAGGCAGGACAGUGUACAGUUAAAAGUUAUGAAAUGGGGUGGGGAAUACUGGAGAUAUUUGUACAGAAGAAAAAAGGAUAUUUAUAUAUUUUCUUAAACAGCAUCUGCUGCUUGUGCCAUAAGAAGAAAUUUUUGUAUAAAAGAAUAGAAAUUUGUACAAAAUUUUUAUUUUUGCAAAUGGAACAAAAAAACAUGCCUUAAUCCAGUGAAGUGACCGAGCACAUGAGAAAAUGGAAGGACCAGGACGCGUCACUGUCCAGUGAGGCAAAGUGUGGGGUUCGUCAAUACCAAAAAAGUUUUAAAAAUAAUAAAAAAAGAAGUCCGUCUCAGAGCAGCAUACCAUAGAUACUUGGAAGUAGCCAAAUAACCUCUACAUUAACUAUGGAGGGCCAGCAAUGAAAGUUAAACUUGAAGAAACAGUCAGGACAGAUAUUAACCAUACACAAAGGGCUUUAUGUUUUCUACAGGAAUACAGCAAUCGUAGCAACGAAUAGAUAUGUUAUAGUAUUUUAUUAUAUAUGUGUGUGUACAAAUAUAAUAAAAUAUUAGAAUAUAUUGUCACACACUUUUUAAAAAUUAAAAUGCAUCUGCAUUUUUUUUGCCUACAUUUGCAUCACUCCCCCCGUUUUAAAACUUUCUCCAUUGCUGGCAGUUCAAUAAUUUUGUUGGGUACACUUUUAAAAAUGUCUUUAAUUGUUUUGGCAUUUUCCACCCCGGCAUCCUCUGCUUUCCCCCCCAGAGCCAUUUUGUUAAAUCAGAUUUCCUUGUUUAAAGUACUUCUAGAAUUGGGCUAAUGAAAAUUCAUCCUCUACGUUUUUUAUUAGCCUUGUCUUGCAGUGCAUGUUAUGUGUUGGGUUUCUUUAUUCAGCGGAUGCCGUAGGAUUCCAUUUUGUACCAAGUCAGCCCAAUUCUCAUGUAAUUGACAAUGGUAAUAUGCAUAGACCUGAAUCAUUUUAGUCUCUUAAAAACUGUUUUGAUUUAGUUGCCCACAAAAUGUCAAAUAUUUUUAUACCACAUAUAAUAUAGACAACAUAUUUAUAAACUAUAAAUUUAACCAUAAAUUGCUAGUUUUACUGUAAAUGAAUCCUGUAUCCUUGCAAUACUUUCAGUGUAUAGUUAAUAUCACAGUAUACAAAUCAUUUAUAUAUAUAUUUAUAUUAUUUCCUAGUAAGAAAGCAUUUAAACAUUGUCGCCAGGGGGAUGGGACACAAUCUAUAAGACAUGGAAUUUUGAUCAUUAGAAAUGUUUCCCCUGCUGUAUUAACUGUUCAUGCUGUGUUCGUGUUAGGUAAGCCGGUCUUCUCAGUAUGAUUUCUACAUACCUCCUCUUUUGCGUGGCAUGCAUUUAAUACUUUAGUAUUAACCACUGUGAAUGUCAAAUUUUAAGAUAUUCUUAACCAAAUCAUUUUAUAUUAGCAUCCUGUAUUUUUGUAUCUCCUUAGCUCCUUUGGCAAUUAGAAAGGGAUAGUAUGAGUUCAUUUUAAAAACAGUUUGCAUGAACUAAAGGGCAACAUAUGAUCUUCUUAACUCUUUCUGACUCCUGUGCAGUGUUUGCGUUCAACAGCCUGAACUAGCGGAGCUCACAAUGGAUCUGAUCUUGGGAUGUGUUACCAAUCUGCUAUUCCCAUUAACUUUUAAUGGGAGUUUCAGGAGCCCCUCCAAAGAUCAGACCCUAAAUCUUACCUCUCCUCACAAAGGAUACUGAGGGACUCCUACAUUGAGGUACUGGGGCUCAACAUUGGUGUAAUAACUCUUCAUAAGGGACAGAUGGGUUUACUGCUUUGUUACAGUCAGUUUCUAUUAAGGGAUGCAGGCUAAAAACAUUCUAGUUUUAAAUCCCAUACUUUUCAUGAAGUUUUGAGUGAUUCUUGCCCAUGCUGCAUUUCAGCUUGACUGUUGGAGCCUCUCUCGGUUUCAGCUCUAAGGGGAAACCAUGAAGUUUGGAGUUCUCGCUGUACCUUUCUAAUAAUUGAAGAUACCCAAGGAAGU